CGUUGUGCGUGAAUGAGUGCUCGCAUUGCAAACACUCCUUAUUUGUAAAGUAAUUGCAAUUCAUUUGAUUGAAAACAAUAGACUUUGCGUUCAUUGAGACCUAAAUCGCGACCAAAUGUCUGUUCAGUCCCUCCUUUCGGUGUCCGGGAGUCGAGUGUCGGGAAACUCCGUCCGCACCCAAAACGUGAUGGCCGCGUCCGCCAUCGCCAACGUCGUCAAGUCGUCGUUAGGACCGAUCGGUUUGGAUAAGAUGCUCGUCGACGACAUCGGAGACGUGACGAUCACGAACGACGGCGCGACCAUUCUGUCGCUCCUGGAGGUGGAGCACCCGGCCGGCAAGAUUCUCGUCGAUUUGGCGCAACUCCAGGACCAGGAAGUGGGCGACGGAACCACUUCUGUCGUGAUGAUUGCGGCGGAACUGUUGCGCAAUGCGGACGAAUUGGUGCAGAACCGCAUUCACCCGACUUCCGUCAUUUCCGGCUAUCGUCUCGCGUGCAAAGAGGCCGUCAAAUACAUCAACGAAAACCUCGUGAUCGCCACCGAAACGCUCGGCAAAGAUUGCGUCAUUAACGCCGCGAAGACGUCGCUCUCGUCCAAACUCAUCGGUUCCGACGCCGACUUCUUCGCCGCGAUGGUCGUGGAGGCGGCGAACAUAGUGCGCGUUCCCGACGGAAAGGGAGGCUUCAGUUUCCCGAUUAAAGCGAUUCGAGUGCUCAAAGCGAACGGAAAGUCGACGCGAGAGUCGCUUCUCGUCAACGGCUUUGCCCUCAACUGCGUGAUCGCCACUCAAGGCAUGUAUUCGGACAGAAUGCCGAAACAGGUGAAGGGCGCGAAGAUCGCGUGUCUCGACUUCUCGCUGCAGAAGGCGAAGAUGAAGCUCGGCGUACAGGUGCUCGUGACGGACCCCGAGAACCUGGAGGGCAUUCGGCAACGCGAGAACGACAUCAUGAAGGAGCGCCUGCAGAAGAUCAUCGCCGCCGGCGCCAACGUCAUCCUCACCACCGGAUCUGUGGACGAGUUGUGUCAGAAGUACUGCGUGGAGGCGGGAGUGAUGGCAGUGCGCAGAUGCCGCCGCCUCGACCUCAAGCGCAUCGCAAAGUCCACGGGCGCGCAACUCCUCCUCUCAUUGGCCAAUAUGGACGGCGACGAGUCGUUCGACGCCUCGAUGUUGGGCGACGCCGAGGAAGUGGUUCAACAGCGCGUUUGCGACGACGAACUCAUUCUCGUCAAGGGCACUCGGAACGGGAACUCGGCGUCCAUUAUCCUGCGCGGCGCCAACGAGUACUUCCUCGACGAAAUGGAGCGCUCGCUCCACGACUCCCUCUGUGUCGUGAAACGCGUGCUCGAGAGCAAGAAAGUGGUGGCCGGCGGCGGCGCAGUGGAGGCCGCGCUGUCCGUCUACUUGGAGACAUUCGCGACAACCAUCGCGUCGCGCGAACAGCUGGCCAUCGCGGAGUUCGCGCGCUCUCUGCUCGUCAUUCCCAAGACUCUUGCGGUGAACGCGGCGAAGGACGCGACGGAUCUCGUGGCCAAACUGCGCGCGUAUCACAACUCCGCGCAACAGAAGGCCGAACACAAGCACUUGAAAUACGUGGGACUGGAUCUCGUGGAGGGCGUCGUCCGCGACAACCUGAAGGCCGGCGUUCUCGAGCCGUCCGUCUCGAAGAUCAAGGCCUUGAAGUUCGCGACCGAAGCCGCCAUAACUAUCCUCCGAAUCGACGACUUAAUCAAACUUCAGGCGCAAAGAGAUGACCACAACUACGGCGGCGGCGGUUGCUAUGGCGACGAUUGA